GUCCCUUUCAGCCUCAGCCAUUCUGUGAUUCUAUGAAAAAGAAACAAAACACUGAAAUGAACAACAAGAAAAAAAAACUGAAGUUUUAACACUGAGAUCUUGGGUUCUAUCUAAUUGCACAACAUGCAACUGUAGACAGUUAAGCUGUCUUUAAAAUCUCCUUUAGUAAGUCCUCUUUCCUACUUGUAUUGCAGAUAGUCUUGUUUCUUUAUUUCUCUUAUUGGCCUCUGUAGAGUUUGCAGGUCCUGGUGCGGUCAGGUCUCAGCAGGUCCAGAAGCACUGCUGCUUUGAAAAGUCAGGCUGUGUAGGGCUGUGGAAACAUAUGUUCUCAUUUUUGGAUCGUGGGAGGGAGGCAUCAUUUUGCAAAGUGGGAGACUUUUAUCUAUUGGAGCAGUCUGGGUUAUGGAGAGACUUGUGAAAUUUUACAAACAUCCUCAUCUGAUGGGAAUCAUUAGAGCCAUUAUAGAGAACCUGCAUCACUGGCAAUUACCCUUAUGAUUGUAUGAUCCUCAUUAGACUGAUUAAACUCGCUUAGCACCAGCCAAGGUAGCUGUACUUCAGUGGAGACAAUAUACUAAAACUUUGAGCUGAUAUGAAUUUUAGAAGACUUGCUAACAACAGAUUAGAAAUCCAAAUACAAAAAGGGCAAUUCUUCCUAGUGCCAAGGAAGACAAAAACUCUGCCUCACUGGGAUGAAUAGUGAAGCUGAGCAUGUUCCAGCAAAGCCGUUAAAGGAUUCUACAAGCUUUUGCUUAUGUUACAGGGUAUGCAGCAAACUGUCUAUAUAACAGGCUUACAUCUGACCUCCUUCUAGGUAGAGGCACAAGUUUUAGGUCAGUUAAGAGGUCUUUGAAGUCAAACAACAGUCAGUGUAGGAGCAGAACUCAUGAUCUUUUGACUCCUGACAAAAUUCAUCCUUCUUUAACGGUUUCUGAAUCAGGAGAAGCUUGUGCUCUUGUGUUCGCAGAGCACAGCUUGACUGGCAGCGGGCAGCCUGAUACAGCAGAUGUGCCGAAUGCUCCCAAUACCUCCAAUACCUGGGCAUUCUUCAAAGCUGCUUUGAGCUUUUAAAAAAUUCUCAUGAAAAUGUAAACUAUGCCUUUUUUUUUUUUUUUAAAUGAAAAACAGGUGAAUGCUGGUACAGCAGAAACAGUUACUGCAGGAUGUGCCAAAUCCUGAGAAGAAUAUUUAUGUUUGUUCUUCUCUGAAGAGAAAUAAUAACACAAACAGCUGUUCAAGACCCUGCUUGUGGAAAAGGUGGGGGAACUAAUUACUUCCAGUGGAGAAAGAAUAAAUCCUGAUGUAGCCAUUAACUCACUACUCUGUGAAGCCAGCUAGAAAUUUCUCAUUUACUCCACCAGCCCUUGGCUACUGGAGAGAACUCGACACGACCCGUGACCAGCAAGCAUCUACCGAGGUACCUGAACUAUUUUAUUAAGAUGCUCGCAGCCGCAAACUGGGAAUUUCAUCAGGAUCACGAGAAAGGUAGCGUUUUAUGGUUGAAACACAAUAAAAAACGCAGGAAAAGCGCUGGCUGUCCCUCUGCAAGCCCACAGUCCGCUCUGAGGUAGCCCAAGUUUGAGCGCAGCGUUCAAGCCCCUCAGGGCUGAACUUUGAGCCAGGGGAGCGUGUAGGGAAUGGCUGGGCUGGGCAGGGCAUGGCUGGGUAGGGCAGGGCAGCCCCCGCCUCCCGCCUCCCGCCCCCCUUUUGUCGCCGGAGCCCGGCCGUUAACGGGCGCCCAACGGCCGCGGCGCUGCCCGGAGCCCCCGGCCGCUGGCUGAGGGAGCGGCGCUGUGGCGAGGGCGGCAGCUCCAGCCGCGGCUGUGCCCGUAACCAAGGCGCUGCCAGGCGGGCACACGCACACACACCACACGCCACACGCACACACACCACACGCACAGUUCGGGGGCCGCCUUUGCAGCUCGUCCCCUCCCUGCACCAUGCUCCGCUCCAGGCAGCGCCUGCCCGCGGCUCCCUGAGGGGGGCUGAGCCCGCCGCCCGCCGCCGCCGCCUCCAGCCCAGCGGAGCGGGCGGCUGGCGCCCGGCUGCUUCCUCCCUGCUCCCGGUUAGCGGAGUUAGCCCCGGCCCCGGGACUUCGGGCAGCCCUUGGGCGGCGGGGGGAGAGAGCCGGGAGCAGCCGGAGGGACCGCAGCAGCCACCGCCGCCGGGGGAGAGGAGCUCCAGCUCCCGCCUCCGGAGCUCUUGAUGGCGUCUCACCAGCAGACCAGGAUCCAAGCCUACCUGGAGAAGAACAAGAUCGGGCCCCUCUUCGAGGAGUUGAUGACAAAGCUGAUAACGGAGACACCUGACCAGCCAAUCCCAUUUCUAAUUGAUCAUCUUCAGUCCAAACAAGGGAACCGCAGUCAGCUUCAGAGAACGUUAUCUGGCUCUGCUGCCCUUUGGGCAGAGAGUGAAACAUCAGAAAAUAAAGGAACAAGGAGAGAUUUCAGAAGUUAUGAUAAACCCUGGCAGGUAAAUGCAAAGAAGCCUAAAAAGUCAAAGAGUGACCUUGCCGUGUCCAACAUCUCUCCACCGUCACCAGAGUCCAAGUCAUUGCCAAGGUCAAUAGAGCAUCCUAAAUGGGAUUGGAGGACAAAACCGGAGAACCAUGAUUUUGAUGAGCUAAAUCAUAUUCUUCAAGAGAGCAAAAAACUUGGAAAAGCCCUUGAGAAUCUGUCUCGCAGCAUUGCUAUUUCUGAUGAACUUGAUAAGGACACAACAGGUUUUAAUACCCCCCUUCUCAGACCUCGUGUGAUUGGAGAAUGGAUUGGUCGUGAAGAGAAUGAUGCAGAUCCACUAGCUGCUGAGAUGCUGCAGCCACCAAUACCAAGAAGUAAAAAUGAGCAGUGGGACAGUGAGGAUAGCAGCAGUCCUGGUGGAAGCUUAAAAAUGGAGCCAAAGAGCAAAGGACUGAAACAGCAACAACAGCAACAUAAGAAACUGCUGGCUGCCAUGCUUUCUCAGGACUCCUUUGAUUCUGCUCACAGCACAGCUCCAUCUGUAACCGAAGAAGAUAUUGACAAUGAAGAUGAUGCAAUGGAACUGCUGGAGGAUCUUGAUGAUCUAAGAAUGGAAGGAGUAACAAGUCUGAUGUCUUCUGGGAGCAAAUUCAAUCAAACUAGAAGUGCUCAUCCUGCUGAGCCUCAAGCAAAGGUCACGUUGAAUAUCUGUGCAAGAUGUGCCAGAUUGCAAGGAGAUAAUAUGGCAGAAAGGCCAGAAGAUGUCUCCAUGGUAUCCCAUGAGCCAACAAUGUCAGACUCUGAUGCUCAAGUACCUGGGGUUGAAACACUUAUGGAAGAUAUUGACGAAUUCAAGAGUGCCUCUCAAGUGGCAGGAUCUUCUCAGCCAGUUUGGACCCUGGAUGCCAUGGGUGUGAGACCUGGAGGUUCUCCAAGACAGAAACUCUUAAAGGACUCCUUAGCAGCAAAAGAACUUCAGACCAUGGAAAAACAUCUAGCUGAUAUUGAAAAGGACCUAGCACUAUGGGAAGAAGCAAGGCUCUCAAGAAGCCCUAGUAUCCAACAUCACAGUUUAGUUACAUCUGACCAUCAAGGCAAUCUUCAAGCUACACAAGGCCAAAAUCCAAGGCCUCAGGUUCCGCCUCAAAUGGGGAAAAACGUGCAACUCCAAGGAAACAAAUCACCACCGCUGCCCACUAACAGCCGAGCACAGGUCUCGAGUCUUGCAAACAGCAGGCCUCCAACACCUGGUGCACAAACCAACAGGCCAUCGACUCCAUCAACACCAGGAAGCAGACCUGUGACUCCAAACAGCUUGCUGUCACGGCCUCUUACCCCUAGCAAUCAAGGAAAUAAAGAAGGUGUCAUCAAUAUGCACAGAAGCCGAUCUUUGACGUCUAAGAGCCAAAUGGGGAGGACCCUCAGCGCUGCUUCAGGGCUCUCUGUGCAAAUGAGUGGAGAUGUUGUUGGAACUGUCACAACUCAGAGAAGCAGUUUAUCAGAAGAUGAAUUCUUACAACAGCUUCAGCUUACUCAUCAGCCUUGGAUAUUGCCGAGUGACACAGAAAGUGAAGGAGUAGAAGCUGACCAAGACAAAUAUAAUUCAGUCCUGUGUUGUGGCUCAGCCCUGUGGCUGCCCUGACAUAUGAGCUGCGUGAAUCUGGAGGAGCUAUGGAGAAUAUCUGAGAGUCUGACAGUGGUGAGCUGAAACUGCUUCAGCUGACAUUUCAACCAAAAAAAUGCUCACAAAAAUACCCCCAGGGUUCUAGUGAAGACUCAAAUGAUUAUAACCCUAUGAAAACUGUGAGGUACAAAGUCAUCCUAUGGAACUGCAUCUGGCCUAGAAGGGCGUAUCAGUGAACUGUUCGACUUGAGGACUACUCUGCAGACUUUCCAGCUAGAAGGAACUGGCCAUUUGUUGUCCUUCAAAUACUGGAGUAUUGGAAAGAGCUAGGAAUUGUGCUGAUGAUCUCAUUUUUUUAUGCCUUUCUGGAUUCCUUUAUUUGCCUUACUGGCUGAGUGCUUUCACUACAAGCCAAGAAGAUCUUGCUGCAAACCAGUGUGUACUUUUUAUUCCGCUUAAUUGUCACAGCUAUUGUUCAGAGAUGUAGACCCCAUUCCUCUUUCACCAGUGCCUUGUGUAGUCAUUUACAGCAGUAAAGAAAGAGCACAAAGUAGCCCUGAAGUAUUACCAAAACAUAUUGGACAUGUUCUACACCUACUUUUCACUCAAUUUUCUUGAAUGAAAAUGACCCCAUGAAGUGCAACACCCAGGGAACAGCAAGCAGGGAGUACAUCCUUUUGCAUUAAAUAAGGCCUUGAAAGGCUCUUGUCUCCACAGCUGACUGAUGGAUUCAGCAGAUGGGGUCAGAUUGCUGCAGAAAACAGAAAAAAAGUAGGAUGAUUGACUGUAAUCCCAGGGUGCAAAAAUGACCAGGGGGUGAAAGAUCUAUGAAAGUGUGUUUUUUGUGUUUGUUUUUUUUUUUUCUAUCCAAGUAUUCUUCUGCUCUAAAAAAUAUUAACACUCCUUAUUAUCUUAUUGCUGUAAAUGUGUUUUACAAGGCUGAGAUUCAUUCUAAGCCAAAACUGUAUAAUUUGCUCUUUUAUCAUGAAGAGGAAGGAUUUCGAAUUCAAGUAGGAAAAACUCUGUGAUGGAAAAGGUUAAGAUUUUGUAAUGAACUCAUAAUAACUGACUGUUCUUGAGCUGUCAGAGAGCAAGUCCAUGAAUGUAGAGACUGGGGGAAAGAAGAGAGGAAGGCUGAUCCUUGAUGUGUGACUUCUGUUCAUUUUGGUUAAAUCUUGUUUGGCAAUGUGUAAUACCAGCCUAAGUGUUACAGCAGGAUCUGGGGAAUGCUUAUGUUCUCUGUGUCUCAUUUCCCUGAUCUUUGAAGUGCGAUGAUGAAAUGUGAUAACUGACAGCAAAGCUAUGAGAAAUCACCAGUUAAUGUUUCUAAAAUGUGUCACAAGUGUAGGCCCCAAUUCUAAUGUCUGUCUGCAUUUCUUUCUGCUGUGAUUUCAUUAACUUUAAGAUGGCUGUAGUGUUUUCAGUUAUUUUACUCAAGUAAAUCAGUGGCUUGCUGCUUAUAUCAACCACUUCUAAAUCAUUGUCAUUCUUUUUUAUAUGUCAGGGUGUGACCCAUCUCACCUAACUCCAGCUAUAUAAAAGUGAGGAAGUAUAGUCUAAGCUAUUUGCACUCUGAAGCAAAUAGGAAAAACAAAGGGACUUCAGAGGGUAGAUAGAGAUCUAUCUUUCUGGGGGACUGAGCAAUCCCAUCUCACCCUCAGGGUGCCCAUCUCUUGCAUCUCCAGCCUGACUCCUCUAUCUCAUGUCAGCCAAAUAAAUUUAAUUUCUCAUCAGUCAAGAAUUCUACAAUGGAUAUGGGGUAGCAUGGAAUAUAUUUUCUGGCUAGCAUGCCAUUUCCUUCUGUAGCUAAAAAGACCACAGUCUCUGGAGUUUUUGCGGAUAACAGUCAUGAGAAGAAUUUGCAAGUGAAACAGGCUUACAUACAUUUGCUUUUCUUUUUCCACCCUUAAGACAAAUUUGUUACUUAAAGAUCAAACUGUGACAAUGCUUGUAUCUCUGCUAAAUGAAGUGUCUCCAAGGAAAACAGUUGUUAAACAUUAAACAUAAGUAAUGAAAAAAUAUAUAUAAGGUUAAUAAAGGGUAAGAAAUGUUGCUAAGAUUUCCCAGACUUCAUUUCUUCUGUUUUGUUGCUGUUUUUUGCUUGUUUUGUUUUUGUUUUGUGUGUUUGUUUGCUUUUGAUGCAGAGGUUUUCAUGGUAUGUGCCUUGCUAUGUUGAAUAUCAGUACAGUAUCCAAUAUAAAAUCCAAGCUUAUCACCUGGCAAAAUGAAACUUAAAGAUCUUGUUCCAAUUGUACUUAAUUGAUUACCUGGAGAUAAUGGGAAUGCUUUGUUCCUGCAAAAUGUUUUUAAUCUCCCAAAGGAAAGUUGCAUAUUUAUAUAUUCAAAAAAAGUGAAUAAAUGUGAAGUUGCUAUGCCUGAUUUCCUUCAGUGUUUAAAGAUGACAAGUCGAAGGCUUCUAAGGUAACUUACUCUACGCAUUCAGCUGUGUAAUUAAAUGUGGUUGGGGUAUUUAUUUCCAAUUUACAACCCUAGUUUUCUAAGUGGAUCCAUGUAAUAGGUACAGUUGCGUCAUUACUCUAUUUUUACAAACAUUUGGGGAGAGGGGUGCUUUACAGUCAGCAACAUUUGCCAAACAGUCUAUUUCCAUCUGCGUGCGUAAAUAUUUGUAAAAGCUAAAUUUCCAUUUUGCUUUGGGGAAGGUUUUAAACCUGAAUACAAUCAUAAAUGUAAACAUUACCAUCUCAGCUUAUCUGAUUCAUUAUAUUUACUUAUUACAGUCACCUAUUCUGUUUAACGCAUUUUACAACAUUAUUCACUUUUUGCAGUGAGUAUUAUUUCUACAAAGAAGUGGCAGCAAAAUCCUCCAAAUCACUGAAUAAUUGGAACAAAUAAUGUAACUUAAGAAGCUCUGGUUCACUUCUGAAUAUUUUAGUAAUGAAAAAGAAUCAAGAUUCAUCAAAAUAUUGAUCCACAUUGUUCAUUUAACUGUGAAUUCAGCAUUAUGGAAAACUUUUACAAAAUGCAAACACAGGGAUUAGAUUUCCCUGUUAUCAUAUUUUGGUGUACAUUAAAUUUUAGCCCUAAUUUCUGUGUUUUCUUUUUGAUUUCACAGGUUUGUGAAAUCAGUGGGAUUGUUGAAGAACAAUUUAAUUAAAACAAAAUUACGGUGAUCAAAACUACACCUGAAAAAAUGCUUUAGCUUAUACAUAAUUUUAAAUAAAGUUAUUUUUCUAGUAUCAGCAGUACAUAAGUGGAACCACUCUGAUAUGUGGAUGCUGUAAUGCACUGAAUCAGAGUAUUUACGGUGGUACAGUGGCCUUAGGAAAGAAGGGUAACUGUUGCCUUUUAGUAUAAAGUUACUAUAAUGUUUUUGUUUAGUUUCUACCCCUGUUAUUUUGGAUUGACAUUUGAUAAACUAAACUCUGCCUGACCAAAAUAAACUUUACGUAGAGAUUUUAUGUAUUUUAACUUGUCUAAGGUUUUCUACUCCUUAUAUUUUUGUAAGCUUUACUCUUUUUUAGAUUAACAAACAUUAAAGUAUUCACCCACAUCUGCCAAUAUGUAUGUCCCAUUCAGGUCUCACAGAGAACUAGCUGUUCGCUCAUAGUCACCUGCAGAGAGAGGUCAGAAGAGGGGGAGAGUGAAAGAGUGUGUGUGCGGGGAGCAGAAACAGGUGUUGCCUGUGUCACAUAGCUUUGUAUGGAGUGUAUCUACUUUGAUCUUUAAAACAAAUAAAGACUCUGUUAAAAAAGGGAACAUAUCAAUAACGAGUGGAGCAUGCAUGCAAAAAUAAAGCACUUAAAGGACUUUCAUAUAUGUGAUAAAAUAUUAUUUACCCAUAUGGCUUACUGAAACAAAUUUGCUGUUUAAAAUAAGCUAACUGGUGUAUGCUGUGUGCUAGGAAAUUUAGAUGCUUUUGCACAGACAUCAAAUUAAGGGAUGUGGCAGUUGCAUUUACUGAUUUCAUUUAUCUGUUAAUUCUGUCCAGUAUGUUUUCAGUUUCCUUUGUCUUCAAUUAUGUAUGCUUGGUUCCUGUAUCUUAGACAUAAUGAUAUAAUGAAAUUGCUUGCAACUAUGAAAAAAAUAGAAAAAAACAAACCACCUCUUUGUUUAACAAAUAAAAAUGAA